AUGUGCAUUCAGUACUACAAGGAGCUUCGGCCACUGCGAACGAUUCUGCCUAAGGGUGAAGAUCUUUAUGCUUAUAUUGGGUCGAAGAAGAAAUCCCUACCUGAAAAUAUUUUAUAUAUCACUACUGUUGAUCCUAUCCCCAGUGCUAUUAUCAAAGAGUGGGAAGAAGCCAAUGCCAGUGAACUUGGGAUCAACCUCAGGCAUGGUGACGAUGAAGCUGUUCAUGAUCAACCAGCCGAAACACGAUACCUAAGGCCACUUGCAGCAAAGCCAGCAACGAUUGAUCUUACUGACACUGACCAAGAGCUUGACGAGGAUGCUCCGACUGCAUCCAAGGUCCUCGGAGUUCGGUCCUCAUUCAGUGAUGAUCCUAUCUUGAAGGUCAACCCUUGGUCGUCAUCUACAUUCAUUGACUUCUGA